CAACAGCGACGCAAGAUGGCAGCCACCACAGGCUCGGGAGUAAAAGUCCCUCAAAAUUUCCGACUGUUGGAAGAGCUGGAAGAAGGCCAGAAAGGAGUAGGCAACAGCACAGUUAGCUGGGGUCUAGAGGACGACGAAGACAUGACACUUACAAGAUGGACAGGGAUGAUAAUUGGGCCUUCAAGAACAAUUUAUGAAAACCGAAUAUACAGCCUAAAAAUAGAAUGUGGGCCUAAAUACCCAGAAGCACCCCCAUCUGUAAGAUUUGUAACAAAAGUCAAUAUGAGCGGCGUGAGCAGUUCAAAUGGAGUGGUGGACCCAAGGGCCACGGCAGUGCUGGCCAAGUGGCAGAAUUCCCACAGCAUCAAAGUCAUCCUGCAGGAGCUUCGGUGCUUGAUGAUGUCAAAAGAGAACAUGAAGUUACCACAGCCACCAGAAGGACAGUGUUACAGCAAUUAGUCACCAAGGCCCUGGCCUCCCCUCGCCCCCAACCUAAGUCUUCAUUUUCCACAGUAGUGAAUUUUCUAGAUUCAUCUUGUAGACCUCAAAGUACUGGAGAGAAAGCUCCACUGAGACU